CCUUCUGUUACUCAUUUUCUUUCUUUCCGGAAGCCUUACUUAUCAAUGCUCGCAAAGUGAGUGAGACUUCAUUCUUAAUUUUUUUUAUUUGUUUUUCAAUUGUCACUCGUUCGCUCUUUUUUUCUCCGCCACACCUCACUGCAGUGCACCUGGAUUUGACUUUUCCCCCCCUUUUAUUUUCUGUUGCUAAUUCUCAGCUCUUCUCCACACGGUUCAUGCUUUCCUUCCUUCGCCUUUCGUGACGUGCAAUCCAUGUUGUUCACCUUUCUUCUAGGUUCUUCAUUUGAAGAGUGAAGAGGGGAGUGACGUUGUGCUGAUGUGUUUUGCUUGAAACUUAUUCAAUAAAGCAGUUGAUAAAAAUGACUUUUGAGCCAUUGGAUUGGUAUUGUCGCCCAGUUGCAAAUGGAGUAUGGACAAGAUCAGUGGAGAAUGCCUUUGGUGCUUACACUCCUUGUGCGGUUGACUCUCUGGUCAUCUCCGUUUCUAAUUUGAUACUUCUCGGCCUGUGCAUUUACCGCAUAUGGUUGAUUAAGAAGGAUUUCACAGUCAAGAGGUUCCAUUUAAGGUCAAACCUUUACAAUUAUAUUCUCGGAUUGCUAGCUUUAUAUUGUGUGGCAGAACCAUUAUACAGAUUGAUAUUGGGAAUAUCUGUUCUAAAUUUAGAUGGGCAGACUCAAUUUGCUCCAUUUGAGAUAGUUUCACUGAUCAUUGAGGCUCUUGCUUGGUGCUCUAUACUAAUUUUGAUUGGAAUUGAAACUAAAGUCUACAUCCGAGAAUUUCGAUGGUUUGUCAGAUUUGGUUUGAUUUAUGCUAUUGUAGGGGAUGCUGUAAUGUUCAAUCUCAUCAUUUCUGUGAAGGAGUUAUAUAGCAGCUCUGUGCUAUAUUUAUACAUCAGUGAGGUGGUUGGCCAGGUUUUGUUUGGAAUACUAUUGCUUGUGUAUGUUCCUACUUUGGAUCCUUAUCCAGGUUAUACCCCCAUUGGGAGUGACAUGAUUACUGAUGCUGCAUAUGAUGAACUCCCUGGAGGAGAUAUGAUAUGUCCUGAGAGGAAUGCCAACAUAUUGUCAAAAAUAAUGUUUUCUUGGAUGAAUCCCAUCAUGAAACUAGGAUAUCAAAGACCACUGACAGAGAAAGAUAUAUGGAAAUUAGAUACAUGGGAACGGACAGAGACACUGAUCAAUAAGUUCCAGAAAUGCUGGGUUGAGGAGUCUCGGAAGCCAAAACCUUGGCUUUUAAGAGCAUUAAAUGCAAGCCUUGGAGGAAGGUUUUGGUGGGGAGGCUUUUGCAAGAUUGGCAAUGAUAUUUCCCAAUUUUUGGGCCCACUUAUAUUGAAUCAGCUGUUACAGUCUAUGCAAAAUGGUGAUCCAUCCUGGACUGGCUAUGCAUAUGCCUUCUCAAUAUUUGUUGGAGUGGUCUUUGGGGUGUUAUGUGAAGCUCAAUAUUUUCAGAAUGUCAUGCGUGUUGGUUACCGGUUAAGAUCAACAUUGGUGGCUGCUGUAUUUCGCAAAUCUCUAAGGCUUACUCAUGAAGCGCGAAAGCAGUUUGCAACUGGAAAAAUAACCAACUUGAUGACUACUGAUGCCGAGGCUCUUCAGCAAAUAUGCCAGUCACUUCACACUUUGUGGUCAGCUCCAUUUCGAAUUGUUGUUGCUAUGGUUCUUCUUUACCAACAACUUGGUGUUGCUUCCCUUCUUGGUGCUUUGAUGCUAGUUCUCAUGUUUCCAUUACAGACAUUUAUCAUCAGCAGAAUGCAGAAGUUUUCUAAGGAAGGAUUACAACGUACAGACAAAAGAAUUGGUCUCAUGAAUGAAAUUUUGGCUGCUAUGGACACUGUAAAGUAUUAUGCAUGGGAGAGUAGUUUCCAGUCUAAAGUACAGAUUGUCCGAAAUGAUGAAUUAUCAUGGUUUCGAAAAGCAUCAUUACUAGGAGCGUGUAAUGCAUUCAUACUAAAUAGCAUUCCAGUUUUUGUAACUGUGAUUACAUUUGGAGUAUUCACCUUGCUUGGAGGGGAUCUGACACCUGCAAGAGCAUUUACAUCACUUUCUCUGUUUUCCGUGCUUCGAUUUCCUCUCUUCAUGCUUCCUAAUACUAUAACUCAGGUGGUUAAUGCAAAUGUAUCGUUGAAGAGACUAGAAGAUUUACUCUUAGCAGAAGAGAGAAUACUUCUAUCAAAUCCACCUCUUGAGCCAGGGUUACCAGCCAUCUCGAUCAAGAAUGGAUACUUUUCUUGGGAUACGAAGGCAGAGAGGGCCACAUUGUCAAACAUAAAUCUGGAUAUACCUGUUGGUUGCCUAGUUGCAGUUGUAGGCAGUACAGGAGAAGGGAAGACAUCACUAGUAUCUGCAAUGCUUGGAGAACUUCCUCCGAUGGCAGAUUCAACUGUUGUUUUGAGAGGAACAGUUGCUUAUGUACCCCAAGUUUCAUGGAUUUUUAAUGCAACUGUACGGGAUAACGUUUUAUUUGGUUCUGUCUUUGACCCAACAAGAUAUGAAAGGGCGAUAAAUGUGACUGAACUGCAGCAUGACCUUGAAUUAUUGCCUGGUGGUGAUCAUACUGAAAUUGGUGAAAGAGGGGUAAACAUCAGUGGUGGCCAAAAGCAGAGAGUAUCCAUGGCUAGAGCUGUCUACUCAAAUUCUGAUGUGUACAUCUUUGAUGACCCCCUAAGUGCUCUGGAUGCACAUGUGGCUAGACAGGUUUUUGAUAAAUGCAUCAAGGGAGAUUUGAGAGAGAAGACCCGGGUUCUUGUCACAAAUCAGCUGCAUUUUCUUUCACAGGUUGAUAGAAUCAUUUUGGUCCAUGAAGGUAUGGUGAAGGAGGAGGGAACUUUUGAGGAACUCUCUAACCACGGACCGCUGUUUCAAAAGCUUAUGGAAAAUGCGGGUAAGAUGGAGGAGUAUGAAGAAGAAGAAAAGGUAGUUACUGAAACCACCGAUCAGAAGCCAUCUUCAGAACCAGUGGCCAAUGGAUCAGUUAAUGAUCAUGCAAAGAGUGGAAGUAAACCAAAAGAAGGAAAAUCUGUUCUUAUUAAACAAGAAGAACGAGAAACAGGGGUUGUCAGCUGGAAUGUUCUACUGAGGUACAAGAAUGCAUUAGGAGGGUUUUGGGUGGUUUUUGUACUCUUUGCAUGCUAUGUCUCAACGGAAACAUUACGAAUAUCAAGUAGCACAUGGUUAAGCCAUUGGACUGAUCAGAGUGCUACAAAGGGUUAUAACCCUGCCUUCUACAAUAUGAUAUAUGCAGCUCUAUCAUUUGGUCAGGUCUUGGUGACUUUAACAAAUUCUUAUUGGUUAAUCAUAUCAAGUCUUUAUGCUGCCAGAAGGUUGCACGAAGCCAUGCUUAGCUCCAUAUUACGAGCUCCCAUGGUGUUUUUCCAAACAAAUCCACUUGGAAGAGUUAUCAACAGGUUUGCGAAGGAUCUAGGUGACAUUGAUCGUAAUGUUGCUCCAUUUGUGAAUAUGUUUCUAGGUCAAGUGUCCCAGCUUCUUUCAACCUUCAUCCUCAUAGGCAUUGUCAGCACAAUGUCCUUGUGGGCAAUACUGCCAUUGUUGGUGUUGUUUUAUGUAGCAUAUUUAUACUAUCAGAGCACCGCUCGUGAAGUAAAGCGCUUAGACUCAAUUAGCAGAUCUCCCGUUUACGCACAGUUUGGAGAAGCACUGAAUGGCUUAUCAACGAUUCGUGCUUACAAAGCGUAUGAUCGAAUGGCAGAUAUAAAUGGGAAAUCCAUGGACAACAACAUCCGAUUCACUCUGGUGAACAUAAGCGGAAACCGAUGGCUUGCAAUCCGAUUGGAAACUUUGGGAGGCCUCAUGAUAUGGUUGACUGCAACCUUUGCCGUCAUGCAGAAUGGCAGGGCGGAGAACCAGCAAGAAUUCGCAUCCACCAUGGGGUUACUACUUAGCUAUGCUCUGAACAUUACUAGUUUGCUUACCGGUGUGCUGAGGCUGGCAAGUUUGGCUGAGAAUAGUUUAAACGCAGUUGAACGGAUUGGCACUUACAUUGAUUUGCCCUCGGAGGCUCCCUCUAUCAUCGAUGAUAAUCGCCCUCCUCCUGGCUGGCCUUCCUCAGGCUCAAUCAGAUUCGAAGAUGUUGUUCUUCGCUACAGAGCUGAACUUCCUCCUGUGUUGCAUGGCUUGUCUUUCACCAUUUUCCCAAGUGAUAAGGUUGGCAUUGUUGGGAGGACAGGUGCAGGAAAAUCCAGCAUGCUUAAUGCUUUGUUUCGAAUUGUAGAAUUGGAACGUGGAAGAAUAUUAAUUGAUGAUUAUGAUGUUGCAAAGUUUGGGCUUGCUGAUUUGCGUAAAGUUCUUGGCAUUAUACCACAAUCUCCUGUUCUCUUUUCAGGAACUGUGAGAUUUAAUCUUGAUCCAUUUAAUGAACACAAUGAUGCUGACCUCUGGGAGGCUCUGGAGAGGGCACAUUUGAAGGAUGUGAUACGGAGGAAUUCUCUGGGGCUGGACGCUGAGGUAUCUGAGGCAGGCGAGAACUUCAGUGUUGGACAAAGACAACUGUUGAGUCUUUCUCGGGCUUUAUUGCGUAGAUCAAAGAUAUUAGUACUUGACGAAGCAACCGCAGCAGUUGAUGUUAGAACAGAUGCACUCAUACAGAAAACAAUUCGAGAGGAAUUCAAAUCUUGUACAAUGCUCAUUAUAGCUCAUCGCCUUAACACCAUUAUUGAUUGUGAUCGGAUUCUUUUGCUUGAUGGUGGUAAGGUUCUUGAAUAUGAUACCCCUGAGGAGCUGUUGUCAAAUGAAGGUAGUGCUUUCUCUAAGAUGGUCCAAAGUACAGGAGCGGCAAAUGCCCAAUAUUUACGCAGCUUAGCCCUUGGAGGGGAUAAGUCAGAAAGAGAAGAGAACGAGCAUCUAGAUGGCAAGAGAAAAUGGCUUGCUUCUUCUCGGUGGGCUGCUGCAGCGCAAUUUGCUCUCGCUGUUAGUCUCACCUCAUCCCAUAAUGACCUACAACGUUUGGAAGUGGAAGAUGAGAACAGUAUUCUGAAGAAGACAAAGGAUGCUCUGAUAACUUUGCAGGGGGUUUUGGAAAGGAAGUAUGAUAAAGAAAUCGAGGAAUCUUUGAACCAGCGCCAAGUAUCCCCAGAGGGAUGGUGGUCAUCGCUUUAUAAAAUGAUUGAAGGUCUUGCUAUGAUGAGCAGAUUGGCCAAGAACAGGCUCCAUCAAUCAGACUUCGGUUUUGAGGACAGAUCAAUUAACUUUGAUCAAGUUGAUAUGUAGGGAAAACUGCACUACUUCAGAUAACUGCCCUGCCUACACAUGAUUGAUAACUUCAUAAGUUUAUAGACCCAAGGUUUUGCUAACUAUAUUUUGGCACAUAGCUCUACGGCUGCGCUAGCGCCAUGAUAUUCUAGGAGAUGCAAUAAUUGUAUUUUGUAUAUUCUUGUUUAAGAAAAUCAACCAAGAACUUUUUAUUUUUUUGGUGAAUAGAACGUUUUAUCAUUUGUUUUGGUGAGUAGAACUUCUUGUCAUGUAGUGUUGUAAUUUUUGAUUGCCAAAAGGAUUUCUUUAAAUGCUUCUUUCAUGUCCUAGACUAGAUACUUUUGAUGGUUAUUC